AAAUACUCCGUCGCGAAAUCCGCCGCCAUCCAGGCUCCUUUCUGACGCUGACGCCGGAUUCCCGCGAAACCAAAGCAUCAUCCUUCUCCUCACGACAAAAUUGCCCACAACCCGUCACGAUGGACUCCUCCUCCCACCCGAGCCUAUACCCAUCCGACGUCCUGCCCGCAGUGAGCAAGCGCAAAAAGGACAAGAAAACGUACUGCGUGCGACUAGCGCGCAUGCUCGAGUAUCUCGACCGAAGAGCACAGGCCUGGGACCAGAAGUCACCUCUGCUGCAGCUCCCCGCAGAACUCAGACAGACGAUCUUGGGUUACGUCCUCGACGAGCAGACGAUCUAUGACCCGCGACCCAGCCAGCAAACCCAAGCCCUCGCUCUCGUCUGUCGCACGUUUGCGGAUGACCUCGAACCGACCAUGAAGCAGUGGGACCAAGAUGAAGCUGUUCUUCGAACGCACUUUGGUACCGAGAGGAAUGCUAUGAGCGCAUACAUCCAGGAGCUCAUGAUGCCGAUUGGUGUUGCGGCGAAGGCCAUACCGCCUCGCAAGAGCAAGAAGCGCCACAGAAAGGAGGCGGAUAAUGGUGAUCAUUCGAGGUGGCUCAAUGCUGGGACCUGAAUGGUCUUCGCGGUAGCCAUUGCAUCCGUGAGAAGCGGUCUCCGGUAGGCAGUGCAACAACAUUUUCGGUUUGAUUCCGCGACGGUCGCUUGAUUGCCUUGGUCCGGGAAGCAUGUCCGAAAUCAACCUUCAUCUCGGUCGAAUUCCUGUGAUUUUGGACUGAAGGGCACCCAGAUGGGGUGUCGCGGAGGAAUAUGGAGGGAGGUUCUCCGACCUUUGCUCUCUCAAGAUCCUUCUCAGUAAGAUGACAUCGACGAGCUGGUGUAAUGGACCACUGGUUUUGUAGGUGCUCGCAGGUCUGGUCUCCUCAUCAGGUCUUCCUUUGUCCGGAUCCGAAGCCAUCGUUGGUACUGCGGUUGAGUCAUCGUCUCGCUGCCGUUGACGUAUGUUUGUUCGGAGUUUCGGUCGGACUUGAAGAAGAAAUUUCCAAUAGCGAAGCCAACGAGGACGAGGAAGCCUGCGACCACGAUGACGAUGGUCACAAUGGCAAGGGGUGAUAUGUCGUACUCAUAUCCGUCCUUUCGAGGGUAGAGAUGCUGGUCUCGAGGACUCAAAUGAUGUGUGGUGGGUGGCAUAUCUGUCGGGAUGAAUGGUGAUGUGAAUAGCGAAAAGGGA